AUGAACGACGAGGACGCUAUUCAGAACAUCCUCAAGAAGAUUGAGCGCGAAAAGGCUCUUCUCAACGCCGCCAAUGCCAUGCGGGCGCAAACCAACAAUGAAGCUGUUCGAUCACGACUCGACUCUCAGAUGCGCGAUGGUCGCCGGAAUCUGCAGUUCUUCGAGGAAAAGCUUCGUGAGGCUCAGUUGCGUCGUGGUAUGGACAACAUGUCCCUCGGUUCCCCAACCGGCGAUAGUAGGCCCCUCAGCGGCGAUAUGGACGACGUGCCUCCGCCUCCUCCCAAGGAUUCUGGCUGGGAACAGCGCGGUGGCUACGGCGCUGGGAGCGCGACUUCUGGCGGUAAUGUCCAGUACAGCCAGAUUGGCGGCCAUGCCGACCUGAUGCCUCCCCGUCAUCCAUACGCCAACCCUGGCCCUUCGUCCGUCCCCAAGUCGCGCCCCAACUUUACCAAGCUCGACCUGAUCAAAUAUGAUACCCCCUACCUCGGCCCUCGUAUUCAGCUCAUGCUGUCGCAAAUUCAGUUCAAACUCAACGUCGAGGAACAGUACCUCAAGGGAAUUGAAAAGAUGGUCCAGCUAUAUGGUAUGGAAGGAGACCGCAAGAGCAAGGCCGAUGCCGCUGCUAGGAGGGUCGAGUCCAAGCAGAAAAUCCUUCUGCUGAAGCAGGCCAUGAAGCGCUACGAGGAAUUGCACAUCGACAUGGAUACGUCUGAUGCCCAAGACGAUGAUUCGAUCAACGUGCCAAACUUACGCAAGCCUCUGACUGGCCAGCUCUCCAUCCGGGUUGGACAAAUCAAGGACGUUGACCACGCUUCCAUGAGUCGCUUCAGCCGAGGUCCCGAAACCUUUAUCGCUGUCAAGGUCGAAGACAAUGUGGUUGCCCGCACAAGAGUUACUAGGACCGACAAGUGGGAAGCCGAGUACCACACCAUCGACGUGGACAAAGCCAACGAGAUCGAGCUCACAGUGUACGACAAGCCCGGCGAGCAUGCCAUUCCUAUCGCCAUGCUGUGGGUGCGCAUUUCUGAUAUCGCCGAGGAGAUGAGAAGGAAGAGGAUCGAGGCCGAGAUCAACAACUCUGGAUGGGUGUCGGCUGACAGAAUGGGUGCUCCGCCGUCGCAAUUUCCCAUGAACCCCCCUCAGCAGCAACAGUCCUUCGGUGGUCCUCCUUCGUCACCCGGUCUUGCUCAGCCGGGUGCGCAGGGCCAGCAAGCGCCUGGUGGCAUGCCGAAUCCCCCAAUUGCUCACCAACCUAUCGACGGCUGGUUCAAUCUCGAGCCUGCCGGCCAGAUCCAGCUUUCCUUGGGAUUCCUCAAGCAGAACAAUGCCCGGCGCCCUGUCAACCUUCAGGGACUCGGUCGUGUUGGUGCCGUUCGUCAGCGUAAGGAGGAGGUGCACGAGAUGUACGGCCAUAAGUUUGUCCAGCAGCAGUUCUACAACAUAAUGCGCUGCGCUCUUUGUGGAGAUUUUCUCAAAUACUCGACCGGCAUGCAGUGCGAGGAUUGCAAGUACACCUGCCACACCAAAUGUUACGCGAGUGUGGUCACCAAAUGUAUUAGCAAGAGCAACGCUGAGACGGAUCCGGAUGAGGAGAAGAUCAACCACCGUAUCCCGCACAGAUUCCAGGCCUUUUCUAACAUGACAGCCAACUGGUGCUGCCAUUGCGGCUACAUCUUGCCAUUUGGCAAGAAGAACUGCAGAAAGUGUGCAGAAUGUGGUCUCACGGCGCACGCGGCUUGUGUUCACCUCGUUCCUGAUUUCUGCGGCAUGUCUAUGGCAGUGGCGAAUCAAAUCUUGGAAGGCAUCAAGACUACUAGAAUGAUCACCAAAAACAAGACUUCGUCCUCUCUGAGCGAACGCACGCUGAGGAAGCCAACCAGCCCGACAAGCACUCUGGGCUCUCCUCCCCACAGUGGUGGACAGGCGCAUUAUGCUGGAGGCUCGCCGGAAGCGACCGAGGCAGCCAAGCUCAUGUACCAGCAGCAGUCGCCGUCGGGCCAGCGACCGUCGCACCCUGAUCGUACCGCUUCCAGCACAGCGGCGGCGGCGGCAGCAACGGCCGCAAUGAGCGGAACGAUCGCUUCGCAGCCAAAGUCCCAUUCGCAGGAUUACGGGCAGUAUGGUGGACAUCCCGGCUACCCCCCUCAGGCCGAGCAAGAGGAUCCUUACGGCGGGCGCAAGUACAACCCUGCGGAUUACGCGGCAGUCAACCAGCAAGCUGCUUCGUACGCUCAGCAAUCCCCCGUACAACAGCAACAACAACGGCCUGUUCAGCAACAGCAGCAGCAGCAGCAGCAGCAACCUCUGCCUCAGCAGUACCAGCAGCCAACUCAACAGCAAAUGUAUCAGCAACAGCCCGUCUCCUCGCCCAAGUUGCAGGAGCCUCCUCAAAUCUCGCCCAUCUCGUCAUCUGGAGGCGUUCCCAGUGCUGGUCGUAAGCCUUUGCCAUCUGCUACGGACCCAGGUACUGGCCAGCGUAUUGGUCUGGACCACUUCAACUUCCUGGCUGUGCUGGGUAAGGGCAACUUCGGAAAGGUCAUGCUUGCGGAAACGAAGCGAUCUAAGAGGCUUUACGCCAUUAAGGUGUUGAAGAAGGAAUUCAUUAUCGAGAACGAUGAAGUGGAGAGCAUUCGGUCCGAGAAGAGAGUGUUCCUCAUUGCUAACCGGGAGAGACACCCCUUCUUGACCAACCUCCACGCGUGUUUCCAGACGGAGACGCGUGUCUACUUUGUCAUGGAGUACAUCAGCGGUGGUGAUCUCAUGCUUCACAUUCAACGGGGCCAAUUCGGUACCAAGCGAGCUCAAUUCUACGCUGCCGAGGUCUGCUUGGCGCUCAAGUAUUUCCAUGAGAACGGCGUCAUCUAUCGUGAUUUGAAGCUUGACAACAUUUUGUUGACACUCGAUGGACACAUCAAGAUUGCCGAUUACGGUCUUUGCAAGGAGGACAUGUGGUUUGGCUCCAACACUAGCACCUUCUGUGGUACGCCCGAGUUCAUGGCACCAGAGAUUCUUCUCGACAAAAAGUACGGCCGCGCCGUUGACUGGUGGGCGUUCGGCGUCUUGAUUUAUCAGAUGCUCCUCCAGCAGUCUCCUUUCCGCGGUGAGGACGAGGACGAAAUUUACGACGCCAUUCUGGCUGAUGAGCCUCUGUACCCCAUUCACAUGCCUAGAGACUCCGUGUCGAUCUUACAGAAGCUUCUUACUAGGGAGCCUGAUCAGCGUCUCGGCAGUGGUCCCACAGAUGCGCAAGAAAUCAUGAACCAGCCGUUCUUCAGGAACAUCAACUGGGAUGACAUCUACCAUAAGCGUGUUGCACCGCCCUUCCUGCCUCAGAUCAAGAGCGCCACUGAUACCAGCAAUUUCGACUCUGAGUUUACGAGUGUCACGCCUGUCUUGACCCCUGUCCAAUCCGUUCUCUCGCAAGCUAUGCAAGAGGAGUUCCGUGGCUUCUCUUACACUGCCGACUUUGAAUAG